UAUGACUACCUCUUCAAGCUCCUCCUCAUCGGUGAUUCCGGUGUUGGAAAGUCUUGCCUGCUGCUGCGUUUCGCCGACGACACCUACACCGAGUCCUACAUCUCCACCAUCGGUGUCGACUUUAAAAUCCGCACCAUUGAGCUCGAUGGAAAGACCGUAAAGCUUCAGAUUUGGGAUACUGCCGGCCAGGAGCGCUUCCGUACCAUCACCUCGUCCUACUACCGUGGUGCCCACGGCAUCUGCGUUGUCUACGACGUCACCGACAUGGACUCGUUCAACAACGUCAAGCAAUGGCUCCAGGAGAUUGACCGCUACGCCACUGAGGGUGUUAACAAGCUGCUCGUCGGCAACAAGAGCGAUAUGACGGACAAGAAGGUGGUUGAGUACACCGUCGCAAAGGAAUUCGCCGACUCCCUGGGCAUCCCCUUCCUCGAGACGUCUGCCAAGAACGCCAGCAACGUCGAGCAGGCCUUCCUGACCAUGGCCCGCCAGAUUAAGGAGCGCAUGGGCACCACAACAGCCAACAAUACCAAGCCCAGCGUUCAGGUCGGCCAGGGCCAGGGCGUCGGCAACAACAACAACAACAGCUGCUGCUAA